AACCGUAGACAUGCGAAGUGGGUUGAGUUCAUUGAGUCUUUUUCUUAUUUCAUAAAACACAAAAAAGAAAAGGAGAAUGUUAUUAUUGAUGCUUUAUGUAGGCGAUAUGCUAUGCUUUCACAACUUGACUUCAAAAUUUUUGGAUUAGAAACGAUUAAAGAGCGAUAUGAGCAUGAUGCUGAUUUUAAGGAUGUGUUGCUGAAUUGUAAAGAGAGAAAAACGUGGAAUAAAUUUGUCAUUAGUGAUGGUUUUGUGUUUAGAGCUACCAAGCUAUGCAUUCCAGCUGGUUCCAUUCGUUUGUUGUUGUUACAUGAAGCGCACGGAGGUGGGCUGAUGGGACAUUUUGGUGUGAAGAAAAUGAAGGACAUCCUUGCUGGUCAUUUCUUUUGGCCAAAGAUGAGAAGAGAUGUGGAACGAUUCGUUGCUCGCUGCACUACAUGUCAAGAGGCUAAGUCACGACUUAAUCCUCAUGAUUUGAAGCCAUACUUGGGAGAAGAGGAUGAGCUUGAGUCGAGGACGACUCAAAUGCAAGAAGGGGAGGAUGAUGAGGACAUACUUUCCACCGAUACAUGCAUUCCUCCUACCACACAACACGCUGAACAGGAACCAGAGAGAAGAACCACACAAGCCCAAGUAUAUAAGUGGAGGCGAGUUCAAUUUGGAUUCGGCCCUCCUGACAGCAGCAAAUGAUAAAGGCUAUAACUGUUGAUUCUGAAGUAUUCUCGGGGCCCAUGAGUACUUGAUGGAAAGAUAAUUUCGUCUACUUUUAGAUAGAUCUGGCCUCAUCUCGAAAUUCCUCCUGAGCUAUCCGGAAUCAUUAAAGAGAGUCACGUCUGUUUUCCAGUUCGAAUCAAACUUGGACCUUAUAUUAGAGUUCAAUUCGGCUUCUUAUGUUUUGGUCGAAACUUCUCCUCUGCUAUCUCAUAAAUAGACAGCUGCAUCCUCUUUUAGAGUUUGGGUUUUGAUAGAAUAGAUCUAGCUUUUGCUACUUCGCCUUCUAAACACGCGUGUCAGCUAGAUUGCUCGAUUACAUGUUUUCGGAACCCUACCACUUUUGUUUUCAGAUUGUGCUCUUCAUCUAUAUUCGCAAUUAAGUUGCUUGUUCAUCUUGUUCUUGCUCGUUCUUCGAUUGCUUGCAGGAACAAAUACCCUUGUGGUUAGGUUGAUCGUGCUCCGAAAGAUCACGAACAACUUCUGGAGUUGGUAUAUCGAUCGCUAAGGCGUAGCGUUCUUGGACGGUGUAGUCAGAUCGUCAACGUCUAUUCCACCUAAAUCGACAUCUAUCUCUCUCAUCGAAAGUUUGGGACCAGCGCAUCUAUCACUUCAGCAUCUAUCUCUUUGCCUAUAUUGUACUUCAUUAAAUUUGCUGCAACUUUCAGCAUUAUACCUUUUUUGACUUACAAAAUUAGAGACACGUCUAUUAUUUUAUUUGUUAACCAGGUACUGAUGAUGGAGAUCAUGCGUCAUUUUCACGUAACUUGCUUGAGGAUAAGCCCUGGAUCACAUGUGUUUAAAAUUAAAACUAACUCUAUUUUUAUCUGUGUAUCUCCGUUGCAUGACAUUGUUGGUUAACCAUGUUGUCUGGGUCUGGAACAAGUUUAGGGAAGAAAUGGUCCAUGGAUAUGUGAGCAACUCUGAGCUUGAGAUUGCUGUACAUACCUUUGGAAGUCGGUGUCCUAAUAUCUCCAGGAUAUACAGGC